AUGCCGUGGUCGUUCGUGCUGCCUCAGGCCAUCACCACCUCGCCACUCCUUGCGGUCGCAACGCCCAUCACGAUCGGCACAGCGUCUGCGCUGCUCACCAAUCGCAAGAAGACGAACGAGACCUACGGUCAGCUCCGCCAACCACCGCUCCACCCCCCGGCGUGGCUCUUCGGCCCGGCCUGGACCCUUCUAUACGGGCUGAUGGGCUACGCCUCGCACCACGCAACCGUUACCGCGUCGCAGUCGCUCUCGCACGCCGUCCAUGCCGCCAACCGGUCCGCACAGACGCUAUACACCACGCAGCUGGCGCUCAACUUCCUGUGGAUGCCGCUGUUCUUCGGGCUGGGCAGGCCCGCGGCCGCGCUGGGCGACAUGACCCUGCUGAUGGGUAACGUCACGCUGCUGCUGGCCAACUGGUGGGAUGCCGACCGCACGGCGUUCUGGCUGAUGACUCCGUAUUACGUGUGGCUCGGCUACGCAGCGUAUUUGAAUGCGGGCGUGGGGUGGUUGAACGGGUGGACAUUGCCUAAGAAGCACCCGCGGUCGGAGUAG